AUGGAGAGCGGCACCGCGGGGCCCCUGGACGCCGCCGCUUUCCUCGGCGCCUGGCGGCGAUUCGACGCCGACGACAAUGGUUACAUAGAAGGGAAGGAGCUCGACAAUUUUUUUCAUCAUCUCCUGGAGAAACUGGGACCAGAAGGCACCAUCACUGAAGAAAAAGUUCAGAGGAUGAAGGAGCAAUUCAUGUCUGCCUAUGACGUCACCACAGAGGGACGCUUGCAAAUUCAGGAGCUUGCAAACAUGAUCUUGCCUGAUGAUGAGAACUUCCUGCUGCUUUUCCGACGGGAAGCUCCCUUGGACAACAGUGUGGAAUUCAUGCGGAUCUGGCGCAGUUACGACGCUGACAGCAGUGGAUUUAUUUCAGCUGCUGAGCUCAAGGAUUUCCUGAGAGAUCUCUUUUUGCAGCAUAAGAAGACUGUUGCUGAAGUAAAGCUGGAAGAAUAUACUGAUACCAUGAUGAAAAUCUUCGACAAGAAUAAAGACGGGCGGCUGGACCUCAAUGACCUGGCAAGGAUUCUGGCACUUCAGGAAAAUUUCCUUCUUCAAUUUAAAAUGGAUGCUUGCAGCACAGAAGAAAGGAGGAGAGAUUUUGAGAAGAUCUUUGCACACUACGACGUUAGUAAAACAGGAGCACUUGAAGGCCCAGAAGUGGAUGGGUUUGUCAAAGACAUGAUGGAACUAGUCAAGCCCAGCAUUAGUGGAGUGGACCUGGACAAGUUCCGCCAGAUCCUACUCAACCACUGCGACAUGAACAAGGAUGGGAAAAUUCAGAAAUCUGAACUGGCUUUGUGUCUUGGGCUUAAAAUUAACCCAUAG